CUUGGCUGGACAUCCAUCAUAACAAUCGCGAUCCCACGCAUCGUCCCGCUAUCCUUUGCUGCUGCGGGUGAUAGCUGCUGGUCGUUGUGGGCCGGCCCUCUCUACCUCUCUCUUUGUUCACUAUCCCUAUAUCAAUCCUCUCUUCCGUCUUAUUUCCCUGCGGAAUCUCUCUCUCUCCCAUGCCCCGCCGGUCCUAAGCGCCAGCGCUACGCCCAGAUCUAGACGAUCCUCGCCAGUGCACGACCGCCGUGGCUGGUAUCCAGCUGCCGAUAGCCUCACUGACUCCCCGAUCGUGCCCGGUCAGCAAUUGACCCCAUUAAAAUUCAAAGCCUCCGGUCGGGUCCUGCAUAAGGGACGGCAAGCAAAGCUACUGGCUCAAGAUGUCGCUCUCUCCGGAUGCCCGCGAUAAAUACGUCCCAAUCAUUGAUUCGAUCUUAGCCAAGAGUGACCUGAAUACCAUCUCCGAAAAGCGCAUUCGGAAAGGCCUUCAGGAUGAGGUCGGCUAUGAUCUUACCCCGCAGAAGGCUGUGAUCAAGCAGCUCAUUAUGGAGCGGUUUGACAUCUUUGCGGAGAAAGGGGGUAUAGAAGCUGAACCCGAGAGGGCGUCAACAACGGCCUCAACCAGUAACGGCCGUGGACAUGACCAUGAUUCCGCAACCCCUGCGGAACCCUCAUCUCCUGCUCAAUCCUCAAAUUCCCAGAAACGUCAAGCGGACAGUGAAGAUCGUUCCGAUCAUUCGAGCAAAACCCCCCCAACUAAGAAGCAAAAGCCCGACAACGACAUCGAUGCGGAUGCCCUAUUCGCGGCAAAGCUUCAGGCGGAAGAGAACAUGCGGGCUCGCCAGACCCGCGGGGCUGGCACACGCAGAGCCCCGCCCGUGAAGAAGAAGACAGCGUCGACAAAGGCGAAAACUUCGAAGAAAGUCAAAGCCGAGGAUGAUUCUGAUCUUGAAUCGGGCUCGGACUCUGGGAAGAAAGUAAACCGAUCUGGCGGUUUUCACAAACCUUUAAAUCUUUCCCCGGCGCUUUCGGCAUUGUUGGGUGGGGAGGUGACGCUCUCCCGGCCGCAGACGGUGAAGAGACUCUGGCAAUACAUCCACGAGCAUGACCUUCAGGACCCCAGCGACAGACGCCAGAUUUGCUGUGACGACGCAAUGCGCGCCGUCUUCAAACAGGAUCGUAUACACAUGUUUACGAUGACCAAGAUUCUCAGCCAGAAUUUGUAUAGUCCCGAUGAAUAACCCUUGGUAUCUAGUAGAAGCUACAGCAAUGCUCUACCUCCAGGGCAGUGCAGCGUGCAGCGGAUACACCGCUGCUUUUACGAAUAUCCGAUUUCUAUCCACUCGACAGCAUUUGGAACCCAGGCGCUAUAGUUGUCUUUCAUUCCAUUCUUUUUUUCUCCCUUUCAUUCCCCCAUUUUAGCUCCUCUUGCACUCACUGCUACUCUCAUUGGCGAAAUGACUGCCCUCUUUCCUUGUGUGAAUUUGCUUUUCUCUCCAGCGGGAGUUGGUGCUGCCUGUCAGACAGGCGCGAUGGAUGUUACUAUCUAGAGAUCAUAUACGUUUAUUGGGAUGGACUCAUACAGUCCGUCGCGUCAUUACAUGAUAUCAC